AUGUCAGAGAGCUCAAGUGACACAGAGUCCUCCUGUGGGUGGACUAUCAUAGUAAUGAGGUAAGUCAAGUCUUCCUGACCCUACCUGGGUCCUUAUUUGAUUCCCCAUCAGCCUGAGCACCUGAGUCCCUCUCAGGUAACCCUUGUAGGACCAAUAGUCCAGUACUAGGAACCAGAGCCCUUGAAAUUCCUCAGUGCACUCUAAUGGGACUGGCCUAUGGAUAUUACUGUUACAGUGACUUACUCUUUCAAAGUUUCAUGUCAUCUUAGUUACUUCUUGAGUGCCUUUUUGCCAGUCAUUGCCAUUAUGCCGACUGUCUAGAUUAAUUUGAAAGUCUGAUGGUUAAUGCAGUGAACUGGAGACCAUAGUACGGUAUGCCUUCAUGUAGGGUUGUCUAAAAUGUGGUAGGCUAAUAUGGUAGGCUUGUUUCUAAGGGUUCAGAUAUUGAGGCCCUGGGGCCAGAGAACGGCCUGGAAUGUGGGCCUGAUCUUCCAGAGAGUGCAGUGCUGGAGCCAGAGCUGCUGCAGAACCAACCCGCCUCUCUCUCUGGUAGGAGGAGUUACCAUAUGCCCUGUUGUGACAAAUUAAGCCACUUUGAAAAAUCUAGGCAUAUUACAAAAAAAAUCUCUUGACAACUGGGUUAAAACUGUUAGAACAUUGUAAUAUACAUUUAUCAGAAAAACACUACAUAAUUAGGUUUAACCAUCUGUAAUGAAACACAUUUUAUAGCGGUAUUGAGAUGUUAUAUGCUCACAGUAGAUGGUGUGUAUUCAACUUGUCUUCAAAUUUUAAAUGUCCUCUAAAUAUGUUUCAGCUGAGUGCACUGAGGAGAGGGGUGAGUCAUCUCUUGAUGCCACUCUAAAAGAAGAAACCUUAGACGAGACAUUGUCUGCUUCUGAGGUGAGGGAUAAAAACAAAACAUUCUUCAGCUGUAUAUUUGUAUGAUUCCGAUGUCGCUAUGUUUCCAGUCCCUAUGCCAACCAUGUGGAAUAUCCUCUGCAGGCUGGAGGUGAGGUGGCAGGGGACGAGCAUGUGACUCUGUGCUCCUCCAGCGACCACUCUGACAUUGUGACUCUGGGGGACACGAGGGAGUCUGAGCUCGGGCCUUGGGAUGAGCAGACAGUGGAGGAGGAAGAGGGAGCAGCCAGUGAGGAGCUCUACCUGGGCACCUCCUCCAGCAGCCAAUACACCUUCAGUGCUGCAGAGACUGGUAGGGCAACCCAACACACCCUUUAGGGGAUGUUUAAAUGAAUUCCAGUAUGAGGUAAAUUGGAGAAUUGAGAUACAUUUGUAUCUAUCUUCACAGUUCAAAGUUAGAGAUGUUUCCAUGCAAGGUUUGAUGGUCUGGUGAUGAUCAAGCAGCGUAAGUGGAUUAGAGAACAGAUAGGGCAUGACGACAAACAGAAGAAACCAACAAAGCACUCCUUCCUAUCCCUUUCCCUUCCCCUUGUCCUAAAGCCAGGCUGAUGAUGGGCCACUGGAAGCUUCCACAAAGUCUGUGGGACUUGGGCUGUCAUCUGAAAGGGCAGAUAUCUGGCAGCUGUUCUCUCUCAGGUGGUAUAAACUGGACUGGUGUGAAUAUGAUAGUGUGCUGCUUGUCUUGCUCAACACAAUGUAGCAGGCCUACCCUGGUAAGCUGUUGUCAGUGCAAAUGCUGUCCGACGAUGUAAACAAGUUCUGCUUCUUUUGAAGGGUGUUGCAACCGCCACUAAAUGUGUGAAACAAAACACUUGCGUGGUAUUUCAGCAUGGUGUGUGUUUUUUUCGGCUUAACAACUGGAAGUUGUCCCAGUGAUGAUUUGGCAGAAUGUCAUUGGUUUGACUGAUAUACCUGAUGUAUAAUUAGCCUAGCCUAUAUACAAACAUUCUCAAAUAUAAUCAUCAGAAUAUUUGAUUAGUUGUUAGUCUGUGUCUCCUGUAUUUCUCUUUUAAUUUUAGGCUAGGGGUCACCUCUGUGAUCAUGUAACCUAGAUGAAACUUGAUACUGAGGCAUGUUGUUUACAUGUUGCUCCCAUUACCAGAGGGAUGUCUUAAUCAGAUUUUGCAAUCAAUGGUUAUUGGUUGUUAAGCAAAACAUAAGCACAAUAAUUUUCACAGCAAUGUGGGCCAGUUCUUCAGGUUUGGCAUUUCCUCUGGAAGACUAAAGCAUUAUUUUUGUUUCCCCAGUUUAAUGUGCACCAAUGUCACGAAGCCUAGCUUUACAACAGGGGUCUCCAACCCUGUUCCUGGAGAGCUACCGUCCUGUAGGUUUUUGCGCCAACCUCCGUUGUAACUCACAUGGGUCCCCUGUAGCUGAGUUGGUAGAGCAUGGCGCUUGCAACGCCAGGGUUGUGGGUUCGUUUCACACGGGGGGCAGUAUGAAAAUGUAUGCACUCACUAACUAUAAGUCGCUCUGGAUAAGAGCGUCUGCUAAAUGACUAAAAUGUAAAUGUUCGGCUUUUCAACCAGCUAAUUAUUAGAAUCAGGUGUGCUAAACUAGGGUUGGAGUGAAAACCUACAGGACGGUAGCUCUCCAGGAACAGGGUUGGAGAGCCCUGCUUUACAAACAACAAUGUAUAGGCUUUAAAGGGGGCUGAACUUCCUGUUUUGGCCUAGGUUUUGAGCGUGGUCAUUGAGAAAUGCAGCAGCCAUGACCGAAGCCAAAUAAGAGUUGUCUUGGGGGGGUGUGGUUUAAUGUGGAUGUCUCUUGUGUGUGUGUGUUUGCACAUGGCAAGUGUUUGUACAAUCACUCUGCCAACACAGUACACAAGCACUCACCCUUCUAGAUAACUUGAAAGGCUAGCCAGGUCUUGUCUUGAUGUCGCCUAGGCUAGUUUGUGCUAGCCAACUUAUUUAGCCAAUUAGCUUCAGCCGCUGGUGUGCCCUGGUGUGCCGCUGUGGCAAAGUUGGUUUGACAUUGGAUAACCUAUAGCUAGGGCUAGUUAGGGACCGUCAAUAAAUUACACAAUGUAAAUGGGACAAUAUUUUCAUGUUGCACAUCUUUUAGUUGUCUCAUUCAAUUCUUUCAAUAUUUGAAUUUCCACAAUUUAUAGCUGGUUUGAGGUUUUUAAGUUUAAGUAAAUUUUGAGCUAUUGACAUUUUUAAAAUAUUGUCCCAUGUACAUUGUGUAAUUUACUGAAGGUCACUAAAUAGCCCCAUAGGGAAAUCGAAUGUCAUACCAAAUUGACCAUGGGCAUUACGAUCGGGGCGCCUGCAGCUGAGCGCUGAAUUGAUGAUUACUUGGGUGCUGCCAGCUGUGGGCAGGAUGGAAUUAACCCAACCCAAGGAAAACUGUUACGGUACCCUUCAUUCUGUGACAUUCUAUUUUUUCCUAUCAUCUCACAAAUCUUUGUUGACCAAAAUUAUCCCAUUUACACUUUGUAGUCAAUUUUGACAGUAGAAUAACUGUUUCUGACUCAUAUCGAUGCCACAUAGGCUGUUUUCAAAACGAGAAGUUGCUUUUUAGGGGCAGUUGCUCUUUAAUUAGAAUUGAAUGGAGACUUGAUAUAUUGCCAUGGACCGCACUUUGCUACUAGAUCAAUGAGGGCAAUUAAAACAAUAUUUCAAGCAACAAUGUGCUUAAUGAUUUUAGCAGCAUACGCAUGGUUUACAAGCAUGUCAACCUACUACAUAUCUACCUUGUAAUUAUGGUUCAGUGCACUAAUGAUUGUUUGUGUGGGUGUGUGUAUGUUGCAGUUUUCCCUGUGGAGCAGCCUGUGGUUGCAGACUCCAGCAGCAGUGAGGAUGAGGGAGAACAGCAGGUCACCCCAGUAGUGCGGAGGCGCAGGGUGAGGAAGAGCACCACUAGCUCUGUGGCUGAGCCUGGAGAGGAGGUGCAGGAGUCUGACCACAGUGACCGAGAGGAGACUCUAGAGGAGGAGCAGAAGGAGGUACAGGAGGAGGAGGUGCAGCAAGAACCUCGCGUUGCUCCCCCACCUCAAGGCCAUGUCAGCGGCACCCUCAACAAAUGUAUCCUAGUAGCCCUCCUCAUUGCCAUCAGCAUGGGCUUUGGUCACUUCUAUGGUAAGCAUCAUGGGAAAGUAUUGGUACAUACAGUACCAGUCAAAAGUUUGGACACACUUACUCAUUCCAGGGUUUUUCUUUAUUUUUAUUAUUUUCUACAUUGUAGAAUAAUAGUGAAAACAUCAAAACUAUGAAAUAACACAUAUGGAAUCAUGUAGUAACCAAAAAAAGUGUUUAAACAAAUCAAAAUAUAUGUUAUAUUUGAGAUUCUUCAAAGUAGCCACCCUUUGCCUUGAUGACAGCUUUGCACACUCUUGGCAUUCUCUCAACCAGCUUCAUGAGGUAGUCACCUGGAAUGCAUUUCAAUUAACAGGUGUGCCUUGUUAAAAGUUAAUUUGUGGAAUUUCUUUCCUUAAUGCGUUUGAGCCAAUCAGUUGUGUUGUGACAAGAUAGAAGAAAAAAAUAGGGUUGGUAUACAGAAGAUAGCCCUAUUUGUUAAAAGACAAAGUCCAUAUUGUGGCAAGAACAGCUCAAAUAAGCAAAGCGAAACGUCAAUACGGAACAUUUCAAGAACUUUGAAAGUUUCUUCAAGUGCAGUCGCAAAAACCAUCAAGUGCUAUGAUGAAACUGGCUCUCAUGAGGACCGCCACAGGAAAGGAAGACCCAGAGUUACCUCUGCUGCAGAGGAUAAGUACAUUAGAGUUACCAUCCUCAGAAAUUGCAGCCCAAAUAAAUGCUUCACUGAGUUCAAGUAACAGACACAUCUCAACAUCAACUGUUCAGAGGAGACUGCGUGAAUCAGGCCUUCAUGGUCGAAUUGCUGCAAAGAAACCACUACUAAAGGACACCAAUAAGAAGAAGAGACUUGCUUGGGCCAAGAAACACAAGCAAUGGACAUUAGACCGGUGGAAAUCUGUCCUUUGGUCUGAUGAGUCCAAAUUUGAGAUUUUUGGUUCCAACCGCCGUGUCUUUUUGAGACGCAGAGUAGGUGAACGGAUGAUCUCCACAUGUCUGGUUCCCACCGUGUUAGCAUGGAGGAGGAGGUGUGAUGGUGUGGGGGUGCUUUGCUGGUGACUCUGUCAGUGAUUUACUUAGAAUUCAAGGCACACUUAACCAGCAUGACUACCACAGCAUUCUGCAGUGAUACGCCAUCCCAUCUGGUUUGCACUUAGUGGGACUAUCAUUUGUUUUUCAACAGGACAAUGACCCAACACACCUCCAGGCUGUGUAAGGGCUAUUUGACCAAGAAGGAGAGUGAUGGAGUGCUGCAUCAGGUGACCUGGCCUCCAAUCACCCGACUGCAACCCAAUUGAGAUGGUUUGGGAUGAGUCGGACCGCAGAGUGAAGGAAAAGCAGCCAACAAGUGCUCAGUUUGUGGGAACUCCUUCAAGACUGUUGGAAAAGCAUUCCAGGUGAAGCUGGUUGAGAGAAUGCCAAGCUGUCAAAGGCAAAGGGUGGCUACUUUGAUGAAUCUAAAAUGUAAAAUAUAUUUUGAUUUGUUGAAGACUUUUUUGGUUACUACAUGAUUCUAUAUGUGUUAUUUCAUAGUUUUGAUGUCUUCACUAUUAUUCUACAAUGUAGAAAAUAGUAAAAAAAAAUUAAGGAAAAACCCUUGAAUGAGUGAGUAGGUGUUUCCAAACUUUUGACUGGUACUGUAUGUGAUGAAGAAUUUCAAUGUUGCUCAUUAUGAGUAUGGAAUCAUUGGUAAAAGGAAUUCACAAGGAGGGCUGUUUUAGCUGUUUUAACUUGUGUUGGUUUUGUGUUCUAGGAACAUUUGAAGGUACAGUAUGGAGUGGAUGGUUUGAGGGUAAUUGUCUAACUCAACUUGCUUAGGUGCAUAAGUCAUGAUAAUGUCAUGUGAAUGUCAUGUGUCAUCACCGCAUAGUAGUUUUGAAUAGCACAAACUAAACCUAUGUGUGUUUAGUGGGAUUAUGCAAAGCAUGUCAAGUGCCUACAUGUAGAUAGAUGUGAUCAUAUUGAAAGGAUACACAUCCUAUUAAGAUAGUGAAAAGAGAAUUACAGUGCUUCUGUUGACCUCUUGAAUCCAUCCUCAUCAGAAUGUUUGUUAUGUGCAGAAACAAAUCAUUCAGUCAUAGGGCGGCAGGUAGCCUAGUGGUUAAGAGGGUUGGGCCAGUAACCGAAAGGACGCUGAUUCGUAUCCCCGAGCCGACUAGGUCAAAAAUCUGUCUGUGCCUUUGAGCAAGGCACUUAACCCUAAUCGCUCCUGUAAGUCACUCUGGAUGAGUGUCUGCUAAAUGGCUAAAAUGUAAACAUGUAAUACAGUAUCUGGGUUGUAGUCAAUAAGCAAUCAGUUUUCCAAUGUUAUUGGCAGCUCAGAGCUGGCUGAAAGUUGAAAUUCUGAAUAUGACUGAUAAACUUAAUCAUAGAGGUGUGGCACAUUUUGUGAGUUGACUACAAACCCGAUACUCAUGAUGGGUCACUUGACAAAUGUAAGUCAAUUUAUUUUCUGUUUUUGUGUGUGGUUGUAUAUUACUUUCUUGUGCCGUCUUUGGUAAGGUGAGGUAACAAUGGGUUCCCAUUUUCCCAAGGGUCAGGGAAUUUCAGGGACUUCCAACACCUGCAUCCCACACAUGGAAAGUCUGGGGUUUUCUAAUUUGCCAGCGAGUGUGGUCAUAAAAAGUCAAUAACAAUACACACAAUAACAAAUUGCUGUUAUUGUGUACAUUUUGCCACUGCUGAUCAAUGUCACCAAAUAGUUUUGAAUCUAGGAAAUUCGAAUUGGUCUGCAUGGAAAAGUCUUGAAAUGUUUGUUUGUCCAAGAAUGGGAACACUUUUUAUUGCACCUAACAUGUGGACAUUUCCCACAACUUUUUCUGCUUCUGCGUUACUAUUCUUGAAUGUGUGUUAUCAUCUGGUGAAUCAUGCCUAUGCUUAUGGAAAAUGAAGGGAGUGUCUAAUAUUUCAUUCUAACACAGGCACAGUACAGUUUCAGGAGAGGCAGAAGAUUGUGGAGAAGAUCUGUGGAGUGAACGAGCUUGAUUCGAGAGAUCUGCAGCAUCAGUGUCAUAAAGGACCAAAUGUCAUCAACAAGGUCUGCAAAGAGUUCUUGAUACAUACGGUUAGGUAUCAUAAGCCACCUCCCUCCUCAUUAUCCUUCACAAAUAAAUUAGCAUAAUUAAACAAAAUACAUGUUCUUUCCCUGUCUUAGAAACUGAUUUCUUCCUAACUUUUCUGUUUCUUUUUGUGUUUUUUAUAUAUCUUUGGUGAACUUUGUUUCAGCUAUAGAAUUCUCUCAUUCUUUUUUGACUGAACACAUUCUGAUUUCAGCCAUUAAAGUGCCAGUAGUCCUAGUCCUAUCAGUAUCGUAUUUAAGGAAGUACUUUAAGCGUUUCAAUUUUAGAAAUAUUAAAUUGACGUAUCCACAACUUUUACAGCAAUGCUCAGUCAGUACACUCAUUUCACUAUUCUAUCUCAAGAAAAGCGAACUUCUAUGAUAAGUAUGCUUAUGCCUCAACUAAAGCACACUAUUGCUCCUUCCAGUGAGCAAAUUGCUCGCAAAAUAAUGUAUCUUCUUCACCACCAACCACACAGAAGGAUGUUAUUUUAAUUUUUUAUUAUGUCUCAAAGGAAGUGGUCAAACACUAUCUAACGUGGUUACAUUUUCCUCUGAUCUCAAAUAGUAUGACACACAGUAGCAAAAUGUUUCUUUAGGCAAUGAGGUCAUUGUAUCGAAAUACAUUGCAGCCUAUUCUUGUUUUUGUGAAACCUAUUGUUAUGCUUAGAUAUUUCUUUUCUUGACAUGGUCAAAUAACUUAAGCAUUGAUUGGUCACUUUUUUCCUAAUUUGGCACACAGAAACUAGAGGUCAUGAGUAACUUGGACAAAAAUAAUGGCACCGAUUGGCCUAAAGGUGGCAGUGUUAUAAGCAGUCUCACUUAAACCCUCAUAUCCGCCGCCCUGUUUGACCUAGAGACUUAACUUUGUAUGUAGGUGUCUUUACUUAUGCUGAACCAAUUUGCCUCAAGGACCCAUAAAGUCCAUCAGGAUAGAUUUAGCUCCAUCUUGAACAUUUUGGAAAACUUUUAAACCAGAAGGGCCAACUUCGUUUGAGAAAAGCUAAGGGAUUGGUUAAAAGAUGGCUGAGUUAUUAAUAAUCAGGAAAUCAGAUUUUAUGUGUCCAUUUUAAAUCCUUUGUAAAUCCACUUCACAAUCGCCUAUCAACUUUUUAGGGUCAUCAAAGACAUUACCAUGAUGAACCAUGUUAAGUUUAGCAUUGAUAUCUUUAAGAAUAAGGAAACUUAACAAUUUCACUUUUGACUAAUGCUAAUGCUUAAAAUAAUAAUUAAAACAUCUUCCCAUGGACUAAAAGUCAGAUUCACUCCAAAUGUGGUCUUUGGACUCAUCAAAAUAGUCCCUAAAGAGUGAAUAAUGACUGUAAGUCGCUUUGGAUAAAAGCGUCUGCUAAAUGGCAAAUUAUUAUUAUUAUUAAUAACGUUGAUGCAUUCAAAGAUGGCCACACUAGUAGAUGCGUAUACGCUAAUAUGCUAAAAUAUCUCAAACCAGGAAACUAUUAACAACUCAUUCUUUGCAUAUGUAAUGCUAAUGCUCAAAAUCAUCUGCAGUCAUAUUUUCCUCAUGAACCAUACAUCAGAUUCACUCCAGAUGUUGUAUUUAGACUCAUUACAUAAGGCUUUAAUAGUUAACUUUUUUUUUGUUGCUGCAUUCAAAUAUGUCCGCACUGUACCUAUAGGUGCAUGUUAGCACAUAUGCUAAUGUUAAAAAUACUUUCAUAAUCUUCUUCUCAAUGCUUUCACUGAUUGCACAUAAAGGAAGAUAGUGCUUCCUUUGUUAUUCAACUGAUAUAUAUAUAUUUUUUUAAACCAGUUUUUCUCCCCAAUUUCGUGGUAUCCAAUUGGUAGUUACAGUCUUGUCCCAUCGCUGCAACUCCCGUACGGACACGGGAGAGGCGAAGGUCGAGAGCUGUGUGUCCUCCGAAACACAACCCAACCGAGCCGCACUGCUUCUUGACACAAUGCAUGCUUAACCCGGAAGCCAGCCGCACCAAUGUGUCGGAGGAAAUACUGUACACCUGGCGACUGUGUCAGCGUGCACUGCGCCCGGCCCGCCACAGGAGUCGCUAGUGCACGAUGGGGCAAUAACAUCCCUGCCGGCCAAAACCCUCCCCUAACCUGGACGACGCUGGGCCAAUUGUGCGCCGCCCCAUGGGUCUCCGGCUGCAACAGAUUCUGGACUCGAACCAGGAUCUCUAGUGGCACAGCUAGCACUGUGAUGCAGUGCCUUAGACCACUGCGCCACUCUGGAGGCCCCUUCAACUGAUAUUUUGUCCUUUCAUCCUGUUGUGAUCUCGCAUUUAAACUCUCCAUGUUACGUGACUAUUCAUCUUCAAUAAAUAUUUUUAUAUGCAAGGAUUCUCUACGAUUUUGUUUUUGAUGGCUUCUUGCCCCCUUGAACCAUUUUUGCCACUCCACUUAACUGUAGAGUGAGAUUAGGUUUAAGAGGGUUCUCAUCUUAUAGCAAUGCUUUUGCUCACUUUGGUGAUGCUGUUUCCACACGUUUAGGACGUGGUUAAGAGUCUGAGAGAAGACCUAAAGGACAAGAGUGACAUGGUGCUGUCUCUCACAGGGAUUAUGGACAAGCUUACUAAAGAGAACCAGGAUCUCAGAUCCAAACAGGCCCAGCUACAGGUAACAUGCAAGUACAAGUUACGGUUCAAAUGUAACACUAGUGGUGGAUCUUUCAAUAUAAAUUGAAUGUGGACUAAUUUCUAAAGAUUAAAAUACUGCAACAAAAUUCACCAUUAAUUGAUUUGUCGUUUAUUUGUCUGAAUGUGAAGAAAUAUAAUUUUGUUUCACUUUUAACCAUCUUCAUUAUUAAUUUAAGCCUUACGGUUCCCCUUGUUGUUCAUACACUACCGUUCAAAAGUUUGGGGUCACUUAGAAAUGUCCUUGUUUUUUCGAAAGAAAUAUUUAUUUUUUUGUCCAUUUAAAAUAACGUCAAAUUAUUCAGAAAUACAGUGUAGACAUUGUUAAUGUAAAUGGCUAUUGUAGCUGGAAACUGCAGAUUUUUAAUGGAAUAUCUACAUAGGCGUACAGAGGCCCAUUAUCAGCAACCAUCAGUCCUGUGUUCCAAUGGCACGUUAUGUUUGCUAAUCCAAAUGUAUCAUUUUAAAAGGCUAAUUGAUCAUUAGAAAGCCCUUUUGCAAUUAUGUUAUCACAGCUGAAAAUUGUUGUGCUGAUUGAUUAAAGAAGCAAUAAAACUGGGCUUCUUGAGACAAAAAAAAAAAAUGUAAAAUGUAGUUGAGUAUCUGGAGCAUCAGCAAUUGUGGGUUCAAUUACAGGCUCAAAAUGGCCAGAAACAAAUAACUUUCUUCUGAAACUCCUCACCCCAAACUUUUGAACGGUAGUGUAUGUUAAGCGUUUUGCUAAUACUCCUUUUGUAGGUACAUAACAAAUUAUGUAUUUUUGUUUUGAAACAAGGCCCAGAAAGAAGACUUGGUCGUGAAACUGAAGCAGACUGGCGAGGAGAGGGUUAAGAUUGAGUCUCAGCAGAAUCACCUGAUGGUGGAGAACCAGCUGCUGAAGAGCUCCCUGGAGCGUGAGGAGGAGUCCCUGUCCACCCUUCAGGAGGAGCUGAGGAACCUGCGCUCCCAGAUCCGAGACCUGGAGGACACGGGGGCUGGGGCCGACUCCAUACUGUCUGAGAACCAGAGGCUGAAGGACCACCUGGAGGAGGAGAAGCAGCGCCUCCGCAGCUUCCUGAGCCAGAGGGAGGCCCUGAUGGCUGAGGCCCAGACGCUGAGGAGGGAGCUGGAUAAUGAGCGGAGGGUGACCAACCAGCUGAGGGAGCAGCUGAGCAGCCGCAACACCAGGGUCGGAGGAGAGGCCGACCCGGAGACAGAGGAGCUGCAGUCACGGCUCAUGGAGUUGGAGAAGAAGCUGAGCUUUGAGCAGCAGCGCUCCGACCUUUGGGAGAGGCUCUAUGUGGAAACCAAAGAGGAGAGGGCCAAGGGAGACAAGCAGGCCAAAGUCAAGAAGCCCAAGGACAGCGUGAUAGGGAAGGUGAAAGACACUUUUGAUGCAGUGAAGAACUCCACCAAGGAGUUUGUGCACCAUCACAAAGAGCAGAUAACGAAAGCCAAAGAGGCUGUGAAGGAGAAUCUGAGGAAGUUCUCUGAUUCUGUGAAAUCCACCUUCCGCAACUUCAAGGACUCUGCUUCACGUAUGAUGGACAAGACUUACCGGCCUCACGAUCGGAGGUUUCACGAGAGGAAGGAUGCCAAGACUGAGCACCGUGAGCAGCAGGAGCAUCAUAGAGACCAUGGAAACAAGCACUCAGACGAGGAACCAUGGCAGCCCAGAACCCACAAGCCCCUGCAUCGUCACCCUCGUAAAUCCACUGACGACUCUUUCCAGGCACACCGUAACACCCGUAAGUCAGGGGGUAAAGUUGAGGAGGACCCAGACGCUGAGAACCAACAAAGAGGAGUGCCCAAAGGUUGCUCUGGGGUUUUCGACUGUGCCUACCAAGAAUCCAUGAGCCUCUUCAACAAAGCCAUGGACCCCAUAAGAGCAGAUGAGUUCAACCAGCUGCUUCACAGCUACCUCCAGCAGGAGGUUGACCACUUCCACCACUGGACUGAGCUGGAGAGCUUUACUAACAAUUUCUUUCACAACGGCAUCUUCAUCCACGAUCAGAUGCUGUUCACAGACUUUGUCAGUGGUGUGGAAGACUACCUGGAGGACAUGGAUGAAUACCAUGGCCACAACGAUGACGUCUUUGAAGAUCUUGACGAGUAUGUCUACAGGCACUUCUUUGGAGAUACCUACUCAAAACGUUAUGGGUCAAGGUAAGUUUAUAGUUUUCAUAACUGUUUUUUCAAAAGGAAGUUGUGUUAACAUAUCAUUUUGAGGGGGUAAAACUUUAACAUAUUCUGACAUUUCUGUUUGUCAACUCACAGUAGACCCUUUGAGGGGCCAGAUACGGAUACUAAAGAGAGACUGGCCAAGCAGCAGCAGCGCAAUCAACAGAGGGCCCGGCCCCGGCCACAAAGAGAGAGGAAGUGGAGCAGAGCAGGGCGGAACACAGACAGACACAUGGCUGAUGUAAAAAUAGAGUUGGGUCCUAUGCCCUUUGAUCCCAAAUAUUGAGAAUAUUCUUACCUAAUGAAUCCGUUUUUAUAAUGGCUGAUAUUGUAGUUGCAAAGUCUAUUUAGGAUGUGUUUGAUGGAAAGCCUUUUACUUCUUAUUCUUCUGUUUUUGUGAUUUUGCACAAUGUUCUUUUAAUGCUGCCUGAAUGUUCCCUUGCUUCCUGUGUUGUGUAAGCAAUCCUUAGGUUAGUGGCAAUGGUGGUGUAUCUGAAUGCAUCUAAUCUCAUGCGCACAAAGAAAAUUAUUGCUACAAUGAUUUAUCCAUAAAUUGUCUUUAAAUAUGACUAACUAGAGCAAUUAAACAUGGGAAUACAGUAAGUAAAUGUUACAGUACCUAACUCUGUAGUACACAUUCAUUGUAAUCAGGUCAGCUGUUACAUGUUAUUUUUAAGAGCCAUCACUGACUAUGUAAUUUGCACAAAAUGUCUUCUCUUUGGGCCUUGUUUAAAAAAAAAUCUGUUUACCAUUUGAAUUGUUUAAAUGUAGGCCUAUUGUGAAUUAAUAAUGAUUCAUUGGAUGGAUCCAACAAUGGAAAGAAAUAGUAUUUUUGUCAGUGGCAUUGAGAAGUUAUGCACUGACAAAUACACUUUAAUUUCAAUUCCAAAUUGUCAAAGGUGACGAUUUGAUAAUGGCAAAAACAAUUGCUGACAUUGAUACUGUUGUGUGCAGUAAAACUUUAAAAGUAGCAAAAUCACUGAGAAAUACUUUAUUUUUUCACAUGGUGUUGAAUAAUGCAAGAAGC